AUGGGUAAUGAGAACCAGUCGUCUCUCUCCCGCGAAGCCACGCACCCUCUUCGCUCUUCAGCACCUUCACCCACGCACCUCUCAUCGCUCGAAAUGGACGGCAUUACCGCGCCCAAGUCUGAGACUGCCGCGCCCCAAGAUGGACAGCAGACACCCAAACAGCCACAGCACAACCGGAUAGCCUCUGACGAUACAGAGCGUCCAGCUUCGGCGCAACGUAUCCAUGACGACUCAGAAGAGCACUCGGACAUUGAGGUAGAGCCCGAGUCCUCUGAAAUCGAAGACACCGACCCUGCCAUGCAGAUUGCCGGCUUUGAUUGGAACGGUUUGCAUGAGCGGUAUCACGCUGCUAUCGACGGUUGCAGCCAGGAAGAAGCUGCACUGAUGGAAGAAUGGUCAAAUUUGAUGAAGGUGCUGUGCUUUUUAUCGUACGGUUGUUCAAUGCGUGACUGAUUGUGAGCGUAGUUCUUCCGCGUCUGGGCUGAAUCUGGCCAUGCUCAUGAGACCAACCGGACAUUCCAGCGGUAAGGGUGAUCUGACUAUCCUUUGUUCCUUCCCAUUACUGACAAAAUACAAGGCUGCAAACACGGACAAAGUUUGUUCAGAACGAAGAGCAGAAGCUUGAGGACAAGAGAAACCACUGUAAGGUCACUUUUGCCCUGGACACCAGCUUCUUGUACUAACAAGUUCAGACAUCAAUGUAGUGAGAGCUUUUGAGAGUGCGCUCAAUCUUCUCAAGGCCCCUGAUCUAUGUGGUUGA